AUGGAGGGUUACCGUUUUACUUGGGAAAAAGGAAAAGGUACGCUAGCUUGUAUUGAAGAACGAUUGGAUAAAGUGUUAGCAUCUAAUGGUUGGCGUGAGAUUGUGCCUGGGGCCAGAGUUAUUAAUAAUCUGAUGAGGAAAUCUGAUCAUUCUGCGCUGUUUUUGAGUGUCCAUGGGACAUUCCAAAACGGAGGGGGAGGAAGGAGAGGGUUUCGGUUCGAAAUGGCCUGGAUAUAUGAUGAUGGAUGCAGGAAUGUGGUGGAAAAGUCAUGGGAGGAAGGGAGGAGUGAAGGGAUCCAAGACUGUAUAGCACACUGUGGGAACCGAUUGUCCAGAUGGGGCGGAGACCGGUAUCAUAAGUUUGGUGAAAAGAUCAGGCACCUAGGAAAACAGCAAUUACAUCUUAGGGGUCGUACUGAUCUGGCAUCCUUGAAUGAAUUCCAACGCCUAGAAGGAAUUCUGAGCAAUAUGGAGAUCCAGAAGGAUGCUUAUUGGAGGCAGAGAGCCAAGCAACACUGGCUAAAGAAUGCAGAUGCUAAUACAAAAUUCUACCAUAGGUACGCCUCUCAUCGUAAGAAGAAAAAUACUAUUUAUAAACUUAUGAAUCAUAAUGGGGAUUGGGUGGAAGGAGGUGCUAUGAAUACGAUUAUCUUGGAUUAUUUUAGCCAAAUCUUUUCCUCUUGUAAUCCUGUGAAUGGUGACAAUUUAUUUUCUGGAGUAUCCCCGUGUAACCCAGAAUCAGAAUGA